AUGGAGUUCGAAAGGGCGAUAUCUGUGCUGCGAUUCUGCGGCAUCGAGGCGCCUAGCGCCAAGAAUCCGAGCUUUUUGCGCUUUCUCGGUGACACCUUUAUAACGCAGCAGGCGGUCAUGCUCACCAUCUUGCUCGUCAUCGCAGGAUUUUCCGUCCAGAAACUGACGCUUCUUUCGAUUCUGCACAUACUGCGGUUCAUCUCGUUUGGGAUACAGAUAUUUAACGUGCGCACAUUUUUCAGCUCCAACAGGACCGAGUUGUUCAAGUUCAUCGAAAAAUUUGACUUUCUGUGCUUGCUCCUGAAUAUCGGCACAUUCGCCGCCUCAAACGUCUUUAUCGCGACCAUGAUGGUUGGAAUCUCGAAACGUGCUCAGUUUCUGACAGACAUCGCACACGUAGCGCUGUCCAAUGGCAGAUCCUUUAAACGGGUGCCCCAGCUCAUGAAGCGCUGGAUCAAAUACCAUCAGUUUUACGUCAGCUUAGUUAUUGAGGUAAACUCAUUGUGCGGCUACACCCUGAUGCUGGACCACCUUUGCUACACCUAUCGCAUCACUUACUAUUGCUACCUAUUGGUCAAAUACUCUGGCACUGGCAAACAAUGUGACAUGUGCUACUAUUCCUUUAUGCCAGUAUUUUACGCUGUUGUCCAGCUGCUGACUCAAACUUUGGCUGGCCAACUUAUCGUCAGCAAGAGCAAAGAGCUGAAUGAGAGAGUCGUGAAAGUGGCCAACCACGGCCUCAUCACCGCUGAGGGCCCGCUAAGGUCGACCCUGCAGACCCUGAAGGCCAGGUGCUCGUGCGGAGUUGAAGAGCAAAUCACAGGCUCCAACCUUUUUAUCGUUUCCUUGUGGUCCCUGCUAAAGGAGUUCAGCCUUGUCGCUAGCGUGCUGCUGGUACUCUCUCAGAUCGGAGUGUGAAUUUCAAACUUGCAGCAUUAUAAAUCGGAUAUCUUGAGGAAUUUUAAUCAACUGAAUGUCUGUCUUAGGUGGUGAGUAUUUUUUUACGACAUUAAUUUUUGUAUCGA